AUGCCCCAGUCUGUCACAGCUUCCUGCCAGCCCGUGCCUCCGUGGGCCCUAGAGGGGGAUCCCAUGGGAGUGAGCGCGCACACACCACCAGUCAUAGCUGCCUUAUUGCCCGUCUGCCUGAGCAAGCACGCAUGCCCCAGUUGGAAUAAGGGAAGAUGAGCCAGGCUGUGGAAAAUAUCCUACGGAGGUUUGCUGAAGACGCUGGCUGGCUCUGGCUUGACAGCGUAGAUCAGCUGCGUGAAGAGAGGGCUGAUACUGAUGAACAGGGAGCUGCUCCCGAGACUUAUGUACGCCAAAGAGUGGCAGCAUGUCACCACGUUCAUCCUUCUCACCCUCAACGGCUGUGUGGAUGUUGUAAGCAAGAACCUGCUGCCUCAGUGCUGUGUGCCCCUAGAAAAAGGGACCCUGGUGCUGACUUUCUAUGUGUUACUGCUGUUGUUGGUGUCGCCUGUUCAGGACUCAGCAGGGGUGGAGCUGCAGGUUCACUCUCUGCUCAUCUUGGUGGUGUUGUUGCUGAUGCUGGCGUUGACCGUACAGCUGUGGGUUCCCGACACGCUUCAACUCUCAGUGAUCGAGACCUUUCUGUUUCAGAUGAUGGGCUCCUGGCUGGUACAGGCCGGCUUCAUUCUGUACAAACCAGUCACCGGCUACCCGGGGCAGGAUGAUGACAUCAUUGACAUCAUGUCUGUCACCACCUUCUUCUGCUGGCACGUGAUGAUCAAUGCUUUGUGCCUGUUGGGAAUCUAUGGCGUCUCUUCCUUGUGGCAUGGUUGUUACCGUCCCAGCUGGAAGCUGACGGGGUCCAGAGAAGCCCCAUGUUACACGAGCACCGUGGGACCCCUCUACAAAUUGCUGCGGGAAGUGGAUCAGUCAGAGUCUGGCAGACUCUCAACCUCUAGCUGGGUCUUAAAUGUCUGGGCUCAGAUCCUAGUGAGGGCUGAGGAUAACAACUGUUGUGACCAAGUUUUCUGA